UGCCAGCGAAAGGCUGAAAAAGCCGGCAGCUUCUUCCGCUUUCCGCCGCCGCCGCUUUCCUCUCCUCUCCUCUCCGCGAUCGCCAUCGCCAUCGCCGCCCACCGCCCCCAGCCAGGCACCGCAGCAAACCAAACCAAGCCGCAUCCUCCUCCUUUCCACCGCCGCCGAAAGUGGCGGCAGCCCAAACCUGUACUACUACUACUACUACUACUACUACUACUACUACCAUUCCACUGCAUACGACACUGAUUUGACCCCGUGGGGGACGAGGCGAGGCGAGGCCUUCUUGCUCUGCCUUUCUUUUUCUCCUCCUCCUCGCCUGAUCAGCCAAGAUUUUCGGCGGUUUUGUUUCUUCUGCUCCUUGGAGCUUUCCCCGAUCUCGCUUGCUGGUGCUGGUGCUGCUGCCUGACGGCGAAGGUUUGUGCUGGAGGCUGAAAGAGUGCAUGCCAUGGCCCUUGAUACAAAACAAGUUGCGCGAUGUUUGAAGAAAGUUUUGAAGUCCUCCAUUAAAGAUGGCUAUAGAUGUGUUUCUGAACAUCCAAUCCUUUUGACAUUGGGUGUUUUGCUCUAUUUAUUGUAUAGAUCUUCACCAGGGUUAUUUGCUUUCCUACUUUCUUCUUCUCCUGUAAUUAUGUGUACUACUCUUCUUCUUGGAAUCCUACUGAGUUAUGGGGAAACAAACCUGCCUGAGGCUGAUGAAGAUAACAAGAUCACUCCAGAGAUUUCAUCCUUAAAGGUUGGAAAUCCUUCCAGUGAUUUUCACUUUGAAGCGAGCCAGAGAUUACCAGUGCCUGAAUUGAGGGAAAAUACAACUGGCUUCAAAGAGAGGGAAACUAAACAGACGGUUUUUAUUAGAGAGAGGGCUAGUGAGCAUAUUGAGCUGGAAGAUAAUGUCCCCCUUCUGAGAAGGGUUGAGCAUGAAUACGAUAGAUUUGAUCGGCAUGAAAUACCUGCAGCGUUAACGCCAUUUCCCUCUAUGGUCAAUUUUCAUCAAGGUUCUAGAGUUGGAAACGACUUGAGCUCUAAUCAGGACAUCAACUCCAAAGGUUUGUUGUCCAUUAAGGAUAAGGCUGAUGGGCACACUAGCUUCUUUGAAGGUGUUCGGAGUGGUCUGGAUGAGAAAGAGGCACCCUUUGGCAUUUUUUCGACCAGUAAGAAUGUUAAUGGACGUGGUGAAUUGGAGGAAAAUUUGAAUCAAGAAACAGUAUUUACAGAUUCAACAGCUAGCAGAGUGAGAGAUAUUUCUGAAGAGAAACCAACGGAAGGGGAAGCUGGAACUAGCAAAUCAGCUUGUGCCAUUUCCACGCAUCAGAGUAAAACACUUGAUGAACUUAGGAUUAAUACUAGCAAGGGUUUUGAGGACAAUCUACUCGAUUCCUCUCUUGGUUCACCAUGGGCAAGAGUUGGUAGUGAGGACGGAGUUGGUAGUGAUGAUGGUUCAUCUGGUUUUGACUCUGAUCAGGCUGAGAGUUCUUCUCCUGAUGCUUCCAUGACUGACAUUGCACCUAUUCUUGAUGAGAUUGACCCGCUCUUGGGUGCAAGCUCUACUCAUCCUGAUACAAUUCCAAAGGAUGAUUCGGACACUGAUUCACAUGUUUCCUCACAGGAUCAUCAAACUGAUGAUGAUAGUAAUGAUGAAACUGACAAUAAUGAUGCUAAAGAGAAUGGUGAGGAAAAGAAUAAAGAACAAGGAAAGGAAGCUGCAUUUAUUUGGACAGCAGAUGAUGAAAAAAAUCUGAUGGAUCUUGGAUAUUCUGAGAUGGAAAGAAACCGCAGGUUGGAGCUUUUGAUGGCCAGACGAAGAUCCAGGAAGAACAUAAGGUUUGAAAUCGACAAUGACUUGAUAGGUAUUGAUAAUAAUGAUGGUGGGAGGGGUGUUGACGACUUGUCUCGCUUCCAUGUACAAGUACCACAUAUUUCAGUUCCAAGGAGGAAUCCGUUUGAUCUUCCUUAUGAUUCAGAAGAAGCGGCAAUUCCUGGCUCAGCACCCUCAGUUCUGCAUACAAGGAAAAACCCAUUCGAUCUUCCUCUUGAUCAGUCCAAUGAUGGUGAUGUUUCUGCAGAUAAUAAUGUAAAUCCUGGAGAAUUAGUGAAAGCUUCUCAUCGUGACAUGUUCUUCCGAAGGCACGAUAGCUUCAACAUUGGAAGGACAGAUGCUACCCUGGAGAGAUUUUCUAGAUUCAAGCCAUAUUUUGUCCCCGAGACAGUGGAAGGGAGCUUAAGUAAUUUCCAAAGACAGUUUAGUGAUAAAAGUGAGUCUAAAUUGAGUUCUGUUACUGAAUCUGAUUUGGCCUCUUCAGUUGCCGAUCAGGAGGACCACAAGGACCUCGAUGAAAAAGAUUUGCCCAAUGAGCAUGGGUCUCCAGCUCUGCAGAGACAGGAUAGCGACCUUGCGGAUGUUGGAAGUGAAUGCUCGGAUGGCAUCAACUCCGUGGAUGUUGAAUUAGACAACAGUGACAUUGAUGAUCGUGAGAUUGCUCUACAACACUUUGUCUUUGAAAGAUCACAGGAAAGAGAAGCAUAUCUUUCCUCAACAAAAGGAAAGGGUCCUGAAGAUGAUUACCUGCUCAGUUCAGUUGGGAACUCCAAGACACUUCAUCCAGUAGCUGACCUGUUUAGCUGGGAAGAUGGAAAUGGUGAAAGCAGCCUUGGUGUUAACUCUUCCCAUAACAUGUCAGUUGAAUUCUCGGACUGGGUUUCAUCCCCCAAGCCAAUUGCAGAGCAUGAUUCAGGACCAGAGAACCUUCAGGAGUUUCUUAAUACUGAAGUUGCAUCAAGUUCAAAGACAAUUGUUCUAGGCGCAAGAAAUCCAGCUGAAAAUAAUGGAAAUGUUGAUUCCAUAUCCUAUUCAAACAAUGAAAUGCCUUCAGAUAACUUGGGUCAUGGGUCCAUGGAGUUCCCAUCUGAAUUUUGUAAUGAAUCACUGCCAGUAAUAUCUAGGGACUUGCACCCUAUCCCUGAAGAGAGGGUUGUCGAGAACUUCAAUGUGCAAGAAAAGCAUGAAGCAGUAAUAUUUACCGAUUCAGAUGCUGCCUUGACUGGGUUUCAUGUAAUUGAGGAGCACUUUGAAGUUGGAUGUGAUGUAAGCCCGAGUUCUGAAGUUGUUCCGUCAUGCCUUCAAGCAAGUGAUUCCAUCCAAUCUCGAUUAGUUGAGAAUAAAGAGGUAUCAAAUCCAUUCAUUUCCAUCGCUUCUGAAACCAACAAGGUGGAUAUGAUUGAUUUGAAGGAAGAAACAGCUGCAGGAUAUCCACUUGAUUCUGAUGAUGAUGCUGAUAAAAUCUAUCCUGAGCCCAUGGAGGACAAUGUAAUUGAUGAAAGUUUCCUAUCAGAACUGGAUGCGGUAGGAGAUUUCCGGGUAGAAGCAACAAGAUCGGACCAGCAGAUGCCUGAUGUUGACUCCCAUAUUGAUAAUAACACUUCCAAUGGUGUUGCAGAGAGCUCCUUGAUUAGCCCUCAGAUUUCAAGUAACAUAUUUUCAAAUAUGAAAUAUGCCAGUAUGCUCGAACAUGAGGAGAAUUCUCCAUUGGUUGAUGACCUAAAUGGCACCGGUCCUGAAUUUGGUUGGUCAUUAGGAGCAUCUUAUGAUGACCCUGAGCAGACUGUCUACAAUCCGAGGCGACGGAUUCUUGGAGCAAGUCGUUUUGAAGAAACUAACACAGAGAUGAAGCCACUAUUUGAUGAGACAGAAGCAUCUUUUGUCAAUGCACCAAUAGAAGCAAACUUGGUAGUUGGACCAAGUAAAGUGGAUGUUGCUAAUGAGUCUGAGUUAACUAAAACUGAUACAAACAUGAUCGUUCUUGAUGCCAAUUCUCUGGAGGAUAUAGAGACGGCCUUUAAACAAGCAAGCAAUGGCGUUGUUGAGUCCACCGUGGACAAUGAAACCCCACAGGUUUCUGGUGUUGAUAUUGACCCAGAAUCCAUAGAGAGUUCUGAACAAUUGGAUGUCAUUGAUGCAAAAUCCGUCGACGACAUAUAUGCUGCUUUGAAGGAGCACACAACUGCUGCUAUGAACAGUUCCUUCGAAGAAAACGAAGACAAGCAUGGAUGCGGUGAUACUGUAAAAUUCACCAUGCAUGAUGAGCUUCCAGAAGGAACACAUAUUGAAGGUAACACAGUUGGAGAUGGUAAAGAGCCUGAACCAAUGGGGAUUACAAGCAGCAUGGAUGUCAUUGAUGCAAAAUCCAUCGAUGACAUAUAUGCUGCUUUGAAGAAGCAGUCAAGUGCUGCUGCGAAUAGUUCCUUCGAACAAAACGAAGGCAAGAACGGAUGUGGUGAUACUGUAACAUUCACCACGCACGAUGAGCUUCCGGAAGGAACACACAUUGAAGAUAGGGAUAAUACAGUUGAAGAUGGUAAAGAGCCUGAACCGAUUGGGACUACAAGCAGCAUGGACACUAUUGAGGUGAAAACAAUUGAUGACAUAGACGCAGUGUUCAAGAAGCUCUCUGAUGGCGGUACCAAGAGUGCUGCCCAGGCAGUGGAUUGCGAGAAUACUUGUGAAGCAAGUGAUGAAAGUGAACAGCACUGAGUGAUGUCACAGAAUUGCUAGGAAGGAAAGAAAGAAUUUCAUCGGAGGAGAUGUUACCAAAUGAGCGCAAAUCUUUCUUCAUUUAAACACGAAGAGGUUAACCGUGGGUUCAACCGAUGAAGCACCCCUUUUAGUUCCAGGGGUCUUUGGUCUAUACUUCCAUUCCGCAAAAUACAAAGUUUUGCUGUAGAUUUGUGGAUGCAUUUUUUUUCUCCUGUUUGAGGUUUUGAUGGUUUGGUAUUGAAUUUAUUUUUUUCUCCUUAGUUUUCCUAUCAUUUGGCUGUAGUAGCAAGAGGUGUUUUUUCCCUGGCGGUAUGGUGUGGUUACAAGCAGAUAGAACAAUCGAUUCUAUGAUGUAAUGUAGAUUUCUUCUACUAUCUGAUGAAACUGAUCUUUUAAUGUAAAGGAGAGCUGGUGCAGUUGGAAAUAGAGACAAAAAAUGUUUGCUUUUAAUAUGUGUACUUGGGCAGCUGGUUUUGCUACUGUGAAUAGAAGGUCAAAACAUCACAGUUUUGUCA